AUGGCAUUCCAUCAGUGGCUCACCAGUCCUAAGAAGCCUGGCGAUGGCGCUCUAAUGGGAUCUGAUGACGACGCUGUGAUGGCCUAUACUCUACCACAUGGACAGCUCCAACAACUGCCCACCCGGCAACGCCCCUUUCUCGCUCCCCAACUAAAGUCUCACAGCCACAAGGUGAGAGAAUAUCUGCAAGAGUCAAACUCGAGAUCUAAAACUGAUGCCUCUCAGUCCGUGAUCAAUGAGCGCCACGACGAACAUCAUCUACCAACUCGCCCAAAGAAGCCGGCCGCACGUGACCUCAAACCCCGCCCACCCAACCUGAGUGCGACACAUCCAGCAAACUACGGCCCUCAACCGUCACAGGUCAAACUUGCACAAUCGGCGCUACGGUCAUCCGACACUCGCACCGCUCCAUACCCUCUUCCGCCUGCACCAAAGCUACCGCCAACACCAGCUCCAUCCACUCCGGGAAGCGCAUCGUCUGAACCGCCGUGGCGAGUCUACAACGACCCAAUGUGGCAGACUUCCCAAGACCCGCAUCAUUGGGACACCAACUGCACGAUCUUGAGAUGCGAUCGAGCGCUGGAGCCUGGCAACGUCAUCUCACCUUGCUGGAUGGCUGGGCUUCCAUUCGGUGGGAUGGUGGAGAGGGCUUAUCACUACCCUUCUCUGGAGCGUACGCAAGAAGAGUAG